AAAUGAGCAAAGAAGAGGGAAACAGACAAUCUCAAGCGCAUUCUCAGAGCAAGCCAGAGGAGAAUACAUUCAUGUACUCUAAAUCCACCGAUACACUGAAGAUAACCGUGUCCCAAAGUAUUCAGAUUUAGUGAUCAUUCAGAAGAGCCUUCUCGGAUCCAGCCCAAACAAGUAAAGGUUAAAGGCAUCACUAGAAUCAUUAAUGGACCUAAGAAGAAUGCUAUUGUCCGAAAAAUCACUAAUAAAGCCAAAAAGAAGCCAAGUCAGCAGUUGUCAAGCUCUCAAAGCAAGCCUAAAAUGAGCGUUUAUGAGAGAUUAUACACUAGUAAAUUAGCAAAGGGGCCUAUAAAGCCAGUGAAAAGGGAAGCUCCCAUUAAGAAGAAAAAUAAAAAAGUGGCCAAGAAGAUCAGGAAUAAUUCUGCAAAAGUGCCUACCUCGAGGUCAAGAAUGGGCUUUUCUAAGACAAGGACUUUCGAUAUCAACCAAAAGAUCACAGAAUCUACAUCUAAAGAUGGCAAUAAGAGGUCUCCAACUCCAGUAGCAGCUAAGGUAGUCAAUUCACUAGAGAAUGGGAGUAGGAAUCAGCUUUCGAUGAGUGCAAAAGAAAGGGUCCCUUUCCUUGGCAUUAGUGAGAAAGUCCCUAAAUUUUUCUCAGAAAAUCCUAGUACAACCUCCCAUUUCAGCGACAAUGUACCAUCACACCAGCUUACAGAACUUGAUGAUGCUAUCGAAGGGGAUCUUGGAGAACUCCUGAACUCUAUCAAGAAGCAGAAUGAUGAGCUUAAAGGGAGAAUACAGGAUAAAAGAAUUGAUAAAGUCAGCAAGAAUGCAACUAUGGAUCCAAUCUAUGGAGCCAAGAUGCUCAGAGUGUCUUACAAUGAAUUCCAAAGUUCUGACUCUAGAGAUCUUCUUACUAAAACAAUGGAUAAAAUUGCUCUAUCACCAAUGAGAGAGGCAAAUUUUCUUCACCCUCAUGACUCCGCAGUGAGCCUCUUCUCUGGAAAAACAGAAGAUGGGGACUUUGAAAGAGAAGAAGGCUCAGAAAACAUGGAAAGAUUGGAUAUUAAUUUAUCCAACAAAAAAUCUGAAGCGUGCACCGUCAGAGAAAUUACUAAAGAUGCUCAUGCUUGUGAUGAAUGCAUCGUUCUCAAGUCGUGAGCAAGAAAACUUACAGAGAAACUUAGGCAAGCCCAGAAAGAAAUAGAACAACUUAAGCUAGAUAAAGUCAUUCAAGAGGAUAGGCAUAGAGAAAAGUUGACAAAAUUAGAGAAGGAGAGAGCCAAAUAAAGAGAAAGAUAACAAAAUGCUUAACAAGAAAUUACUAAACGCUAUUGUUGCGAUAAAACAAACCCUGUGGAGCAGUGAUGCUUAUAACAAAGAUGCAGAUACCUUAAUAUAUUCCCUCCAAAUGGAGAACAUGAACCUAAGAAAUGUCCUCAAGCUCCAACAAAAGUAUGAUAUAGAUACUGAAGAGCUUCUAAUGAAAGCUAAAGAGAGCUAUGUUCGUUCAAAAUCUUUCAACGGUAAUAAUAAGGAGAAUAAGGCCUCUCCUAAAAUGACGUCUAAAGGAGCUUCCAAAGAGGAAUCGAAACUCAGAAGGGGGUUGAAAAGAUCGAAGAAAAGCUCUAAAAAGAGACGAGAAAGCUUUGAUUCAUCGAUAUUUCUUCCUGAAAUCCAUUUUGAUUUGGAAUCUAGCUCUAAUUCCUCCUCACAAGAUUUUGAAGAUUACGACUUUGAAGAUCUGGAUUUACGGAAUUCUUUUAAAAUAAAGGCUUUACCGAGGGGAGAUAUUGAGCACCUGAUAGAAGACUCUAACUCAGCGCCUGCUUUCAAGACUACCAAAUCAAUUCCUUUAGCUACUAACCUCGAAGGCUACACUAUGAAGACCCUUGUUAAAGAGGCUCCUGGAUAGUUUGACUAUUUUCAGUUUUAAAUCUGUUCGUCUCCAAAUAAACAGAUUCA